AUGGAUCGAUACCCACAAUCAACCUAUGGCGAUGCGCCUCCAGCGUAUCUCGACCCCGAUGCUCCAUUCCUUUCUGAUCCAGAUUCCCCUCACGCGGCGCCUCGACAAAACGGCGCGACGAUGCGACUGCUUCCAACGAGUGUUGGUCACAAUAGCGGAGAUUUCGACGAUGUUCAUCGCCCAGCGUCGCCGGUGCAUUAUCAUCCCGCUUACUCUGAUUCUACCCCAACCGCACAUGCACCUUCGUACGACGACCGCUACUACAAUGUCCCCAGUGCAGCGUCACCAUCGCGUCCAGCUUCAAGCAUCGGAAAUGCACCCCGAAUGCCGGCACCCACUGCCAGCUUAGCCGACACAUCGGUGUACCCGUCCAUCCCUCCACGCACAGGAUCUCCAGUUCGCCCGUGGAGUCCUGGCCACGUUCGACCUCCUUCGGUCUCGAGUGUGGGCUACGAGCGCGCCGAUAUUAAUGGAAGUCCUCGUCCCGGCACACCAAGCUCAAGAUAUGGAGGAAGUCCACGGAGACCUCUCCCCCCUGCGCCUCUCUUCUCUGCUCCAGCCCCCUCCGCAGGUCCGGACUCUAGCAUCGAUAUUGGCGAUGGUCUGGCAGGCCAGGACCCGUUCGGUGGCGGUGGUCAGACUAUUCACCACACCUCCCGCGGCAGUGUUCGAUCCUUCAUGAGCGAGUCAACAAUGCUAGGAGAUGAGAAGGAUGACAUGGCCAAAGUGGACCUGGACGACGACAUUGACGAUGACGAAGCGAGCAUGAUCGAUCCGAACCUGCACUACGGACCGGCUCCCGACAAACAGGGUCGACGUGGCGUGCGCCCGACGCAGAUGGCGCAGAAGGAAGUCCAGUUGAUCAACGGUGAACUGAUCCUCGAGUGCAAGAUCCCCACGAUUCUCCACAGUUUCCUCCCCCGUCGAGAUGAGCGUGAGUUCACGCACAUGCGGUACACUGCAGUGACCUCUGACCCAGACGAGUUUACAGCUCGCGGGUACAAGCUGCGACAGCAGAUUGGUACGACGACUCGCGAGACGGAAUUGUUCAUCUGUGUGACCAUGUACAACGAGGACGAGAUCGGUUUUACUCGAACCAUGCACGGUAUCAUGCGCAAUAUCAGCCACUUCUGCUCGCGGACCAAAUCUCGUACUUGGGGCAAAGAUGGGUGGAAGAAGAUUGUGGUGUGCAUCAUCUCUGACGGCCGCAAAAAGGUGCACCCGCGAACUUUGAACGCGCUGGCCGCUCUGGGUGUGUACCAGGAAGGCAUUGCGAAAAAUAUUGUCAAUCAGAAGGAAGUGCAAGCCCACGUCUAUGAAUACACCACGCAGGUGUCACUUGACUCGGAUCUGAAGUUCAAGGGUGCGGAGAAGGGCAUUGUGCCCUGCCAAGUGAUCUUCUGUCUCAAGGAGCACAACAAAAAGAAGCUGAACUCUCACCGAUGGUUCUUCAAUGCUUUCGGGCGCGCUCUGCAGCCCAACAUUUGCAUUCUGCUGGACGUCGGUACCAAGCCCGAACCUACCGCAUUGUACCACCUAUGGAAGGCCUUUGACCAGGAUUCCAGCGUUGCUGGUGCGGCUGGCGAAAUCAAAGCCGGUAUCGGCAAAGCUGGCUUGGGGCUUUUGAACCCGCUCGUCGCCAGUCAAAACUUUGAGUACAAGAUGUCCAACAUCCUCGACAAGCCGCUUGAAUCUGUGUUUGGAUACAUUACUGUGCUGCCUGGAGCCCUGAGUGCCUACCGUUUCUUUGCUCUGCAGAACGAUGCCGAUGGUCAAGGCCCCCUCAACCAGUACUUCAAGGGUGAGACGCUGCACGGUCAAGACGCGGAUGUUUUCACCGCCAACAUGUACCUGGCUGAAGAUCGUAUUCUUUGCUGGGAGCUCGUUGCUAAGCGAGAAGAGAGAUGGGUGCUGAAGUUUGUCAAGAACGCCGUGGGAGAGACUGACGUGCCGGAUUCGGUCCCCGAAUUUAUCUCACAGCGUCGACGAUGGCUCAAUGGUGCCUUCUUCGCGGCUGUUUACUCGAUCUUUAAUUUCAAGCAGAUCUGGAAGACCGAUCAUUCGGUGGCGAGAAAGAUCUUGCUUCAUAUCGAGUUUGUGUAUCAGUUCCUCAAUCUGUUGUUCACCUACUUUGGUCUGGCAAACUUUUAUCUCGCUUUCUAUUUCAUCGCUGGCUCGCUCACCGACGAGAAAAUGGAUCCCUUCGGCCACAAUAUGGGCAAGUACAUCUUCAUCGUGCUUCGCUAUGCUUGCGUCUUGAUCAUGUGCUUGCAAUUUAUCAUCUCUCUCGGAAAUCGUCCUCAAGGUGCCAAAAACCUCUAUCUCUCAGGCAUCAUUGUCUAUGCGGUGAUCAUGUUCUACACCGUGUUCUGCGCCUUGUAUCUGGUGGUCAAAGAGCUCAUGGCACGUGUGAACGCCAAGGCGGAUGAAAUCGCUGUCAGCGACUCCCUCCUGCUGAACAUUGUCAUAUCCAUGCUGUCCACCGUUGGACUGUACUUCUACAGUUCCUUCCUCUACCUUGAUCCCUGGCACAUGUUCACCUCGUCUGCGCAAUACUUCUUGCUCAUGCCGAGUUACAUCUGCACCCUGCAAGUGUACGCAUUCUGUAACACGCACGAUGUGACAUGGGGUACCAAAGGUGACAACGUCAUCCACACUGAUCUCGGUGCUGCCAAAACCGUCAACGGCAACACCGUCGUGAUUGAGAUGCCAUCUGAACAGCUGGAUAUUGAUAGUGGUUACGAUGCGGCCCUCCGCAAUCUCCGCGACCGCCUCGAGGUUCCCGAGGCCCCGGUCUCCGAGUCCCAGAUGCAAGAAGAUUACUACCGCGCUGUUCGGACGUACAUGGUCUCUAUUUGGAUGGUGGCUAAUGUCAUCCUGGGUAUGGCUGUCUCCGAGGUUUACGGUGUCGACGCCGGCGGCACGAAUAUCUAUCUUGCGAUUGUCCUGUGGUCCGUCGCCGUUCUAGCUGCGGUCCGUGCCAUCGGUUCGACCGUGUUUGCCGUCUUGAAUGUCGUUCACAAGAUCGUGGAAGGCAAGACAAAGUUCGAUGCGGGUAACAUGUCCAACUUUGCACCUAGCUCGUUUGGUGGAAGUGCGGUUGGAAGCAGCUCAGAUGGCCGCGGCAGUGCACCCAAGCCCAUUCGCUACAGUGGUGGACCUAGCAUCAAGGACCGCAUUGCCGAAGCUCGGUGGUCGGUGGGUCGAACCUUGGGCAAGGCCAUGUUCUGGCGAAAAUAG